AUGCCGAUAUUCAAAGAGGCAGCUCUAAAACAACAGGAACAUAUGUAUGCUGUACAGUGGAGGCUUGGAGGCUUGGAGUGGAGGCUGAAUCCUGGGACACAAGCCAAAGGUUCCUCACAAGGAGACACUUGCGGACUGAAGCCUGGACCAGCAGGACAUCCCUGGGAUCGCCACUCAACCUUUACCGUCGCAUUAACCUUUUCUCCUGGCGGUAACAGGUUCUGUGCGGAGUGCUUGCAGCCGUGUCUCCAGGUGACCUCGCCCCUCUGCCCUCUCUGUCGCGUGCCCUUUGACCCCAAGAAGGUGGAACGCUCCUCCAGCGUGGAGAAGCAGCUGGUCUGUAACAAGAAGGUGGCCCUGGCAAAGAUGAGGCCCCGCAUUGCGUCCUGUUCCAAAGUACAGGAGCAGAUAGCUAAUUGUCCUAAGUUCGUCCCUGUGGUGUCCACCUCCCAACCUGUACCAAGGUAUGUUCCAAACCGCUCAACGUUUGUGUGUCCGUUCUGUGGGGCCGGACAGCUGGACCAGCAGGCGCUGGUGGAGCUCUGCAUGGACAGUCACCGCAACGACCCCAGUAAAGUGGUCUGCUGGUGUUGUGUGCUGAUGGAUGACUCCCCCGAUGGGCUCAGUCCUUCCAACUUCCUGCAGCAUCUGCUCCACAGACACAAGUUCUCUUACGACACGUUUGUUGACUACAGCAUCGAUGAAGAAGCGGCACUGCAGGCGGCUCUGUCACUGUCACUGGCUGAAAACUGACACCAAUCCCACCGCGAGACGAACCCUUCCAUGCUCCGACGCCCUUCCCUGCACUGCUGCACGCCGUCGCUCCAGACGCUAUCAUCCAGCCAACAGAAGAAAGCCCCCGACCCAGCCGGGUGAUUCACAUCACAAAGAACGCCGAACAGCUUUGGAUUUGGUAAUUACCUUCCUUCCUUUACUCAUUCAUUUUCUCCUGGUUCGAAGCAGUUUGGCUGUAUCUUCACUGCAGGCUUGGAGUGGAUCCAGUGACUGUAACAAGUCAGCCAAUGGUAAAAAGCCCGGUUCCACUCACGGUUUCGGUUCCUCUGCCAAGUGGACCUCCACGGCAUGAGUGGUACCUGGGUGGAAACAUGCGUGUGUGUGAGUUGGAACAUCCUGAAGGCUGUUGACUCUUGAACUCUCAUCAGUGGCCGGUGGUCACUUGCUGGGAAGGUCCUGAUGCUGUAACUUGUCCGGUGGACACGUGUUAAACAGGAGCAUUCACUUCAAGAUGAGGUCAAAGUAGCAUUAUCUAGCACUCAAACGCUAAUAACGAACCCAAAAAUAUGAAAUGAAAGUAUUAGAUACUGUGAACUAUUAUUUACUUGAUGCUUCUAUAAACUUCUACAAAGUUGGUUUGUAGUAUUUUACACUUAAAAGAAAAAAAGAAAAAACUAGAUCAUGUGGUUAUUUUUAUAGACAGGCCGUUGGACCAACACGACAGAAGAGUUCAUCCUGUUGCUCAGCUGUGCAGGGCGGUCGAGGUGACUUGUUGACUGUCAAACGGAAUCGUAAAAGCGUUCCAAACAGCAGUGGUGGAAUUUUAUUUUGGUAGGGUCAGCCAAUCCGUUUCAGUAAACACCAGUAUGAUUCAAUGCAAAGGAAGCAUACCAAACACGCAUUCUUACUUUGCAGUUAAAUAUUUAACAUUUUAACAUAAUAAGGACAUCUAAUUCAUACAAUUCAGUACAUCCAUGAAUAUAUACUGUAUAGCCAAGAGGACGUGCAGGAAAAGCAUAUAUUUCUUAAUUUACAGUUACUACCAGUUAUAUAAUCCAUGUUUCCAAAACACACAUAUACAACAAAUCAAAUGUAAUUUGUCGUAUAAUAUAUACACACAUUGACUAUUUGUCAAAUGUAUUUUCAGUACAAAAUGAAUCAUGCUCACGGUGGGGCGACGCUCCAUUGCCCUCUAUGGACCAGGCACCACUGCCAAAUAGCCUUAAACUGCACCUACAUUAUGGGCAAUAGUUGGGAGCAAAGUUAGCUGACUGCUAAAACCUCAUACAAGGUGAAUCAUGGUCCAAAGGUAGGACAUCAGCUACGGGAUGUGGUUUGCGCAGGUAUGGAGGAUCCGGUUGUGGUCUCAGACAAUCCCUGAGCUGAACAUAUUGAUGAUGCAUGAACGUAUGGAUGCAUGGAUGAGCGAAGAAGGACGUGUAAAAAACAUGGAGGACUUCAAUUAGAGUCAAUGGGAGAGAGAUUUACUGGAUUCACUUUACAGCAAACUGGUUUAAACUUUAGGUCUCUAUUCGAGCCCCAACUUUAGUAUUUUGACAGCUUUGAACAGCCGUUUGCCCGUGUUAACCCUAUGAUGUUAUAAAACAAUGUUAGCGAGCCAUGCUAACGUCGUUCGAAAAGUAUUAUUUUCUGAAACUAUGAGAUUCAGAAUUAUGCAACAAUAUAACAAUAACAUUAGUUUGCUAACGACAAAGCCUAGGUUGCUGAAUUUAUGUAUUUAAGUUUAUUAACAUUCGCUGUUUGACGAUACGUUACCUUUCCAUAAGUUAUACUGACUGGACCUCAGUCCACAAUCUCACUGGAGAGAAAUGAUCCACCUGAUGAAAGCAGAGGUCUGUGCAGUCACUUGAUCACAGCUCUGCUUCAGGAAGCCAGCCGCGUUGUCCUACAGGUUUAAAUGCUGGUAACUUUGUCCUGCAGAGACACAUUCAGUGUGUCCAGUUCGCAAAAUAUAGCUGCCAGACCUCCACACCAUCAGAAAGGGUUACUGCAGAAGUUAAUACUUGUUGUGUGAUUAGCUUCUGCUCUUUGCUUGACUGAAAGGAGAUGAUCUUACAUAUUUUUGUAACUUUUUGAACAGUGGGUCCAGUAGCAUAGUGGUGAGGUAUUUUCGGUUAUGUAGCCAUGUUUGAAUCCCACACCUACCACUCUUUUUUUUCUCUUUCUGACCACGCAUCCGGCUGACCGGUGCAGCUUUAAUAAUUCCAUUAUUCUUGCUUUGUGUUAUUGUUCAUUUAUAUGCACACAACAAUGGAAUUUGUUAAAUAAACCACAUAAAACAAAG